AUGACAAAAAAAUCUGGAAAUGAGAAAAACUUACACCGACAAAUACAAGGAAGCCAAGAUGAAAUUAAACAACUAUCAGUUCUUAAUGAAUUUGUUGACCAAGUAAUAGAUAUUGAUGAUUGUGUUGUACCAAAUCGACUUGAACAAACAUGGGCUUUAAGUGAACAGAUAUAUAACGCAUUUCAAAAUCCAGAUCCCAACAGUCAUUCUCUUUUUGAUUACAUAACUAAAAAUACUACGAAAGGAUUCUUCAAUAUGGAAACUUCGGCUUUAAAGCAACGAAAGAAGAAACGAAAAAAUACUCAAAAUGAGAAUGAUACUCAAAGUGAAGAUAAUGCUCAAAAUGAUAACAAUACUCAAGAUGAAGAUGAAUAA